AGAGAUUAGGAGGAGUUUGACACCACGCUGAGUCCACCAGGCCGGUGGCCCUUGGCCCUCAGACCAGCAUGGCGCACACACAUGAACGGACACUAUUAUGCACACGGCCAUGCAGGCUGCAUGAGAAUGAGGCCUCUAGGUUAUGGUGCAUUUGAUGAACUCAAUCAGGAGAAUAUUCCUUCUUCAUCUGCUCGUGUUGAAUAACUAAUGCACCGUGGACAGCAUUUAGCACGCUCUGUGCCAGGCAAGAUGACCACAGCCAGGUAUCGGCCCACCUGGGACCUGGCACUGGACCCGCUGGUCUCCUGCAAACUGUGCCUUGGAGAGUUUCCCCUGGAGCAGAUGACCACCAUCACUCAGUGUCACUGUGUCUUCUGUACACUGUGCCUGAAGCAGUAUGUGGAACUCCUUAUCAAAGAGGGGCUCGAAACUGCUAUUAGCUGUCCAGACUCUGCCUGUCCAGAAAGAGGACACUUACUGGAAAAUGAGAUCGAGUGCAUGGUGGCUUCAGAGGUUAUGCAGAGACACAAGAAGCUACAGUUUGAAAGGGAGGUGCUUCUGGACCCGUGUCUGAUGUGGUGCCCGUCGUCGUCGUGCCAGGCAGUGUGCAAGCUGAAGGAGACUGAGGUGGCGCUUCCCCAGCUGGUGCAGUGUGCCGUGUGCACCCUGGAGUUCUGCUCUGCCUGCAAGGCUAACUGGCACCCCGGGCAGGCCUGCCCACCACCGGAGAACAACCUACCCAUCACUGCCUUCCUACCUGGAGAGACCAGCUCCUUUUACAAGAGUGACGACGAUGACGUUCCCAUCAAGCGCUGUCCCAAGUGUAAGGUGUACAUCGAGAGAGACGAGGGCUGUGCCCAGAUGAUGUGCAAGAACUGCAAACAUGCCUUCUGCUGGUACUGCCUGGAGUCACUGGACGAUGACUUCCUCCUGAUCCACUUUGACAAAGGACCCUGUCGAAACAAACUAGGCCACUCCAGGUCGUCUGUCAUCUGGCACAGAACACAGGUGGUGGGGAUCUUCGCUGGCUUUGGCCUGCUCCUGCUGGUGGCCUCUCCCUUCCUCCUCCUGGCCACACCAUUCAUCCUCUGCUGCAAGUGCAAGUGCAGCAAAGGAGAUGAUGACCCCUUUCCCACCUAAACCUCACCCCACCAACACAGGCGGGUGAAGAGUCCGCCCCCCCCUCCCCCGCCAUGGACCAUUUUUUUUUCUUUUUUUUCCUCUAUUGCCUCCCUCCAACCUUGGAGUGCUGCUUUAUUUAAUGAGACUUAGGCCUAGCCACUUCCCAAUCCAUCACUCCACAGUGUCAUGGUGGGAGUGGAGAAGGAGUUGACCCCAUGCCCACUGGCCUGGUAGACGCGAUCAAAGGUCACAGGUCAGACUUUGAGGAGGACAAUGAUGCCCCUCUGUGGAUUUGGGGGCUUGUGUAAGUAUACUGUAGCAGGGCCACUCUGAGGCCUCUGCUGUGCUUCAGGCAGUACAAGACAGGAGGAGGGUGUUUUAUCAAGAUGAAGGAUAAACACAUUAGGAUGUCUUGGUCAUGGUUGGGCUCAAUUCUAAUUGAAGGCAGUCCAUUUAGGAAUUGAACUAAAAUUAAAUAAUUGAUAAAAUUGCAUUUAUUUUAAAUUACAUCUCAAUAAACUUAACUGUAAACUUUUUAUUUCAAAAGUUUUUACAUUUCAGAAUUUAAAUUUCUUCCACUUCCAUGAAUUGACUGCCUUCAAUUUGAGUUGAGCCUCCCUGUUCUAGAUCCUCUCCUCGGGACAUUUUCAUGCAGGAACAGCUUGAAUCAGAGGACCUUUCACUUGAACUCACUUUUAAUCAAGUUUUGUUCAUUUGUCAAACACAAAGCUCCCCCCCACUCUCUGUGUAGCUGUCAACAUACAGGAAGUAGCACUCUCUGUGUAGCUGUCAACAUACAGGAAGUAGCACUCUCUGUGUAGCUGUCAACAUACAGGAAGUAGCACUCUCUGUGUAGCUGUCAACAUACAGGAAGUAGCACUCUCUGUGUAGCUGUCAACAUACAGGAAGUAGCACUCUCUGUGUAGCUGUCAACAUACAGGAAGUAGCACUCUCUGUGUAGCUGUCAACAUACAGGAAGUAGCACUCUCUGUGUAGCUGUCAACAUACAGGAAGUAGCACUGGAGUUACGUGAUGACCCACGUUUUGUGUUCACUCUGUUUGCACAUGAGACUCCAGUUUGUCACUUUAAGGACCAGGGUGAGAGUUGGGACGUUUUCUUUCUCACUCCCCUGUACAGCACGUUCUCUUGUUGAUGUCAGUGUUUUUGUAAUCUUUCGCUCUGUUCCAACUAUCAGCAAGAAAGUAUUAAUUUUACAAACUGAAUUUGAACUCUUAUGUGUCUACAGGUAUUUGUGACGGUGUCCCAAACUCACUCUCACGUCCCAAUAAGAUAAUCAUGGGCCUGUAUUCACACAGUCUCAGAGUAGGACUGCUGAUCUAGGAAAGACUAAACGAAUCCUAGGUUAGCAUUCUUACUCUGAAACGCUUUGUGAAUACAGGCCCUGAUCCUUAGUGUCGUCAUCCACACAGACGGAAACAAACCAUUUGGAAUCAAUAGAAGAGACUUCUGUUGUCAAAUGGAAUACCUGAAUAUAGAUGUCCUGCCGUUUUCAUUCCGAAUUCCUCUGAACUCAGAUAAUCAUAUUGCUUAGCCAAAUAGAACAAAUGGUUUUAAAUAAAUUUGAAAAGUAGCCAAAAAGCCACCUUUGGUUUCCUGAAGAAGAAAAAAAACCAUGGCUUUUGUCCAGUUCCGUCCUUGUGAAAGCACACUUAAAUAAUGAAUUUGUUUAAUGCAUCACAAUCAAUCAUUAAAACCUGUGUAUUGUCAGGUAGAACAUAAGAGAUGAAUUCAUGUCUCUCUGAUAAAAGAUGUCUCUUCAUAUCAUCCAUAUCACAUUGAUGUUGGUCAUAUAUAUCCAACUACUGUAAUGAACAAUAAUCUUAUACAAAUGUUUUUUGUUGUGUGAACUAGUGGAAAACUUGCAUAUGUUAGUGGUAUGGUUGUCAAUGUUUUCAUUGGGAGAAAGUCGAGAGCUCACUCUCUCUACAUGCAGCUAACCUUUGCAGGGCUAUCAAAAUGUCAAGAACUUCACUAGACUGUUUUGGACACAUCCCAAAGCUGCUCUACACAUCACUGUAUCUAUGCAAGUUUGUGCGUUUCCAAUCUUACUAGGUCUUGCUAAUAGUGUGGUCAUAUUAUAUCAAGUGGUCCAGUAUGUUAUACCAGAUUCCCUGUGCCAUCUCUUCAUGCGGUAGUGUUUUACAACAGGGGGGUUGACUUGCAUCAGAUGUAACAUGGGUUUGAUUUGAGCUAUCUGAGAAGCCAUACAUGAGUUAAUCACCGUCAUUUGUCCUCAUGUUGUUCCAUUAGACUGUGUGCUGAGGAUGCAUAUAGCUACACCGUUUCUCACUCAAACACAUGGAAAAGGGCAAUCUGCUGCAUCCAUUUUUUGACUUUUAAAUUCAUAAUAUAUAGCCAUUGAUUCAUGAAGAAUAUAACGGUCUCAUGAGCUGUAUAAACUCAUUAGAAACCAAACUAUAAGCUUGUUUUACUCAUUUGUAAACACUAAUAAUUGUAUAGCCUCAAAAUGGUUAACUAUACUUUUGAUAUUUAAUGGAUGGUCAGUCCUUGCAUCCAUAGCUGUUUUAUGAAUUUCUACAUCUAUUGUUUACCAAAACAGUGGCAGGGUGCCCACUCUUUUUAUUGCUUGAACUGAAGAUUGACCCUAAACUCAAGAGAUGAGUCAUUAUCACUACGUCCAUCAGUUAGCUACUUUGGAACACAUACAGAAUACUGAGAAACUCUUCAGAAGUCCUUGAUUUUUAAUGUUGCUCUCCUCGUAGCAUUCAAAUAGGGGCUAUGGCAGUUAAUGGAACCAUCAUCAGCAAUCACCUUACCUCAUGGUAGCCAUUCCUUUAAAAACAAAGAUGACGUUAGCCUAAAUGUUUGAACACCUCGCCUGUAGCCUCAUUUUCUUCUAACCCUUAAUGCAUCAAAGCCUGUUUCAACUGAACAUGUGGAUCACUGAGCUGACCAUGUCUUUGUAUGACAAUCGUGCCAAGAAGGUCUCUCGUGUGUGGCAAUGGUGAAAUUGAAUGGUGUAGAGAGUGAAUAGUUUGAAGCGUCUUAAGAAUUUAAAAAAUAAAAUCUGCGAUCUUGUUUCCGUAUGGUGUGGGUGUUAUAUUGGAGGUUGAGCCUUAGAAUACUCUAUGGUGUGACGUGUACUAUUAUUUUGGUUUUCAAGAUGUAGUAUGUUCAUUAAAUACUGUAGUUUUUCUGGAAUUGUUGAGUUUUUUUGAAUGGGUUUGGAGAUCAGAAGAAAUGUAGACGCUAUUUCCAGAUUUCCUCAACUCUGAUACUUGGAAGGAUGGCAUUGCAGGACUAUAGGAAAUGUAACACUCAACUUGUUUCCACUUCUCUUAUCAUCCAUUUGGUAUAGUUGGGAUGUUGAGCUGAGAAGAAAUCCUGAAUAUUUGUCCUCUGACUCAACUGAUUUAGGUUGCUGGCUUUUCAUAUGGUUACACAGUAUCUACCAAUCAAACUCCCAAGGACCGUUCACCUUGAGGUGAUGCCAUGCAUGUUGCACAAUUAUUUUCUAAGAUUUGAUACUUCUAUUGCUUUGUCCACAUUUCUACUGAGAUGUAUGUAGGUUGUCCAAAAAAUUCCAUUGCUCUUGUUUUUAAAAUGCAUGUUGUACUCUACCACUACUAUGCGUUUUAAGAACCCAUACUAUGCCUCUUCAUUUUAGGGACUGAAACAAGUCCUUAAAUUUCUGUCAUGACAUACUCUAUCCUGGCUUUUGAAGUUUGCCUUUUACACUUAAGACACUGUAUGUAGGUUACCUUUGUGUUAUACUUGUUCUGUUGGCUUUGAUGCAGUUAAUCUUACAUUUAAUUACUUUCAACUAUUUUCAACUUUUCAAAAGAUGGUACCUUGUAAAUUGGCAUGUGUGGAUGUCCUUCCAUAAAGCAACAUUGUACUUCUCCCAUGUAUCUACAGUUUCACUGACACUGUGACAUGGAAUAAAUGUGGUUGUUUUUUGUGA